AAUAAAUUAGAAACGGUUAUGAACAUUAUAAAUAAAGAUGAUGAUAAAUAUAUUUUAGAUAAUUUUAAUAUAAUAUUAGAUAAUUUAUCUUAUUUAAAAAAUUGCUUAAAUAGUUAUAGAGAAGUAAAAAAUGUUCUGGAUCCUCAUUUGAAUUUAUUAGUACAUUCAUUCUUAGAUUUUUUGAAAAAAUCAUUUAAAAAUGUUGAGUAUAUUAUAUGCCAUUAUAAAAAAAAUUUAAAUGAGGAAGAAAAGAAAAGAAAUGAAAAUGAUAAUAUAAAUGUAGAAAUAAAUAAAUAUAAUAAUAAUAAUAAUAAUAAUAAUAAUAAUGGUGAUGUUAAUAUUAAUUGUGAUAGUUUAAAAAUAUGUAGAGAAAGACAAUUUAAUUUUGAUUUAUCAAAACAAAAAUUAAUAGGUGGAAAUAAUUGUAAUAAUAAUACAGUUGAAGAUACAGAAAAAGGAAUAUAUUCCAUGAUGAAUAUAGAUAGUGUAGCGAAUAAAGAAAAUAUUAAGAACAAGAUUUAUUCUCAUAAUGAUGAUUAUUCUUAUAUAACAUGUAUGAAUUUGAAAAGAAAUUUAAAAAGUAAAUAUUCUGAUGAUGAAAUGUUAAAUAUCUAUAUAAUAAUUAAAGAAAUAUAUAAAUAUUAUAAUACACUUAUAUCAGUGAGAGGAGAGAAAAAAAUAAAAUCUCUUUUUACAUGUAAUUCUUUUUAUUUAUAUAAUAUUGUUGAUUUAUUACUUUUAUUAAAAAGAGAAGAGAAAAUAUUUGAAUAUAUAAGUAAUUUAGUAUACAACAAAACAGGUGAAACCAAUUCUUGGGUUUUUUCAUAUAUUUUAAUAAUAUGGUUAUCUUUUUGUUUAUAUAUACCUUUUAAAUUAAUAGAUAUAGAUAAGGAUAUGUUAAAUAAAAUUGAAGAAAUUUAUUAUUAUUAUAUAAAAAAAAAUGAAAAAUCAAAAGAAGCCUGUUCUAUAUUAUAUCCAAAUUUUUUACGUAGACCUGAUGUGUAUGAAUCUAAAAUAUAUUUUUAUCAUUUCUUUCUUAUUUCUAAAGAAAUAAUAAUGAAAUUAAUAUAUAUAGAUUCAGAAAAGGAUAAAAGUAAAGAAUUGAAAGAUGAAUCAUUUUAUAUUAUUACAAAUAAGGAACUUCCUUCUUAUUGUGACAAUAUGAAGUUUAAUAAUAUAAUUUUACAUGGUAUUUUAUUAACACACAAAAGGGUAUUGAAGAGAGUAGAAAAGAAAAUACUUUUAAACUACAAAAAGUUUUAUAAUUACUUUUUAAUACAGAAUUAUAAAUAUUUAGAUUUUACUGAGACUUCAAAAGCAUUAAAAAUUUUAUGUUUAGGUUAUUAUGCAUUAUUAUUCUUAGAAAAAAAUGAAGAUUAUAACGAUGUGACAAAAAGACAUGAUGAAACGAAUCAUAAUGUGAAUUGUAAUAAUGAUAUAUUAAACAAAAGAAAAGAAGAAACAAAAAAUGAAAAUAAUAUAUAUAAACUUAAUAAGAAAGGUACUUUAUUCAAAUCAAAUAUUUGUUUUAAUAGUUUAGAUUAUGAACAUAUAUAUAAAGAUCAUCCACUUUUUCAUACGUUACCUAUGUAUCUAAAUAUCAAUGAUGCUUUUAUAGAAUAUAAGAGAGCUCAUGAAAAUAAACAUUUGGAUAUGUUGGGAGAAAAAAAUUUUAAAAUUAAGAGUAGUUUAAAAAAAGAAAAAGAUAAUAUAAAAACAAGUGAUAAUAUGAUUGUACAUUAUAAUUAUAAUAAUACUACUGAUAUUGAGCAGAAUAAAUGUGAUGAUGAUGUAAUAUAUCCUGAUAAAAAAAAUAAUAAUAUUAAUAUUAAUAGUUAUAGUAAUAUAUAUUAUAAACCAAGUUAUCAAGAACAAUUAGAACAUAUUAAAAUUGUUGGUGCAAAAAAAUUCAUUUGUGAAAGUCAUAUUAUUGAAAUACUUAAUAUAUUUUUUUUUUAUUUUAAUGAUAAAAAUAGUUAUAUUAGAUGGUGUUUAUCAAAAAGUUUUGGUAAUAUUAUGAUAUAUUUAAAUAUAGAUAAUAUUAAUGUUGUUAUUAAUAAUUUUGAUGAUUAUACAAAAUUUAAUGAUUAUAAUAUACUAUGUACAAUUAAUUAUACUUUAUUCCAUUUUUUAUUUAAUAAAAAUAUUAUUUCACUACAUAUUUUAAAUUAUCUAUUAAAAAAAAUAAUAUAUAGUUUAUAUUCAGAUAAUGUUAAAAUAUAUCCUAGUGCCUUUGUAUUAUUAUAUAGCUUAUUUAAAUAUAAUAAAUAUAUAAAAAUGAAUUUUCAUAAUAAUGUGACUAGUAUUAAUUACUUUUUAUUUCAUCUUAUAUUUAUUAAAUUGAUUAUUUUCUCAUUAUUUGAGGAUAAUAUUAAUAUUAGAAAAUCAGCAAUGUCCUUAUUACAGAUAUAUAUAGGAAAAUUUAAUUUCUUUUAUGAAUUAAAAUAUAAAAAUAUAUUCGAUAAUAAUAACACACAAAUGGAACAUACAUAUAUUAAUAAUAAUAACACAGAAGUGGGACAUACAUAUCUUAAUAAUAAUAACACAGAAGUGGGACAUACAUAUCUUAAUAAUAAUAAUAACAUUUGUGAUAAUAAUUUAGUUGCAAAUAUUCCCUUAAAAAAUAAUGUACAUAAUCAUGAAGAAAAAAAAAAUAUUAAUUCAUAUUUUACAGAUAAAGCAAAAGGAAACUUAAAUAAUUUAUUAGAACAUAAUAUAUAUAUAACAAAUAGUAUAAAUAAUCAGGAACAUUUUUUUGAUCGUAUGCUUGAUUUUAUUAACUUAUUUUUUAAUCAUUCAGAUAUAAGUACUUAUUACGAAAAUGUUAGAAAUAUGUCAAAUGGAUUUUUAGAUAAUUCUAGAAUAAAUAUUCCAUUGAUAAAAUAUACUAUUGAUAAUAAAAAUAUUAACAUUGAUGAUAAUAAAAAUAUCAAUAUGGAUGAUAAUAAAAAUAUCAAUAUGGAUGAUAAUAAAAAUAUCCAUAUUGAUGAUAAUACCAAUUGUCUUAAUAUUUUUUAUGAAAGAAAUCAUAAAUAUAUGAACAAAAUAAAAAGAGAUAUUUUUAAUAAGAAUAUUGAAUUAUUACAAACGUGUAAUUUUAACGAAUUAAUAAAUUUAAAAAAAUCUAUUAUUAUUAAAACAAAAAUGGUGUGUAAUUUUUUUUUAUAUAAAUAUCCAAUUAUUUAUCAUUUAUAUUCCAAUAAAUUAUUCCAUGAGAAUGUGAAUGUACGAUUAUUGUCUUCUGAAUCCUUAUCUAAUUUAUGUGUUGUUGAUUGUGAUUAUUUUAUUUAUGUUGUUCUUCCAUUUUUAAUAAAAAAAAGUUAUGAAGAGAAUGUUUUAAUAAAACAUGGAUCUAUAAUUUGUAUUUCAAAAAUAUUAUUAAAAUUAAAGAAACGAAUUAAUGAGAAUUUACAAAAUGAUAUAAAAAAUAUUAUUAUCUAUAGUGAAAAAAAAAGAAUUUAUAAAUAUAAAAAAGGAGAAAUCUUAAGACAUUCUUUAUGUUUAUUAAUUCAAAGUAUAUGUCAAUGUAACUAUUUUCUUGUAAAAAAAAAUACUUGCACAUUUUUUAAAGAUAUAUUAAAUAAUAAUUUAUUUCAUUAUAAUGAAAUUAUUCAAUUUGAAGCUUCCAAAAUUUUUUAUUAUUUGCCUAUAUAUUUAUUAAGUAAACAACAUACUAUUGAAUUUAUAUAUCAAGUAUUCUUUAAUAUUAUUAAAAAAAAAAAUAAUUUUCUUCAUUUAAAAGGAUAUUUUAUACUCUUAUGUUUUGUCAAUGAUACUAUUAUUCCACAUGUAUGUCAUGAACUUGUACAACUUUUUUAUUAUAUUCUAAAAAAAAAUUCAACCCUUUAUAAAACCAAACAUAAAUAUUUUAUUAAACACAAAAAGGAAAAUAUACAAAAUGUCAAUGAGGAAUAUACCAAUGAUUACAAUGAUAUAAAAAAAGAUGUUCAUUUCUUUAAAAAAAUUAACUUUGAAAGUUACCCCAUUGAUUAUAAUAUGAAAAUCUUUUGUUUACUUUCACUCUUUAAUGUUGUCAAUAACUUAAGGAAUAUAUAUAUAUCUGAUUUCUUGAAGGUUUAUACUAAAUGUACCAUAAAUUUUAAGGGUUUAAUUAAAACCAUAAAUCCAAAAAUUCAUAAAAAAAAAAAUAUAAAUAACAUAAAUAUUCAGGAUAUGGACCAUUUCAGUAAUAGUACAAAUGAAAGUAAUGAUAUGGACAAUUGUUAUUAUGAAAUGGAAAAUAAUAAAAUAGAUUGCUUAAAAAAAAAAGCUAGUUACCUGAACGGUUCAGGUAAUAAUUCAUCAAAUGGAAAAGAAUUGGAGGAUAAUUUAAAAAAUGAUAGAUUAUAUAAAAAUAAUAACAUAAAUAAUAAUAAUAAUAAUAAUAAUAGUAAUAGUAAUAAUAACAAUAAAAUUGAUGAUAAAAAUUUUUGUGUUGAAAAAGAUUUGGUGGGUAUUAAUUAUAAUGAACUAACAAUUCCUUUAAACGUUUCAUAUCAUAAGAAAAAAAGACGAAAAAGAAAUACGAGUUUUUAUAUAAAAAAAGAUAUCAAUUUUAUAAAGAAAGAAAUAAAUUGGGAUAAUGUUUUAGAAAAAAGUAAAAAGAAAAAUGGAGGUAUUCAUAGUGAUAUACUUGAGUACAAAUUAAAUAUAAACAAAAUAACUAAAAUAUUAAUUUUAUAUUUACAAGAAUAUGUAUAUGAAAAUGAUAUAGGGGAUUCUCACAUUUUUGUAAGAGAAAUAUGUUUGGGAUUAACCAUAUUUUUGUUAACAUCUUAUCCGUUAUAUUUUUUUAAAAAAAGAAAUAAAAAUGUGCAUAAUGUAAAAAAUAUAGAAAAUAUAGAAAAUAUAGAAAAUGUUAUAAAUACAUAUAAAAACAACAUUAAAGAUAAUAAUGAUGAUAUAAGUUUAUACAAGGUGGAUACAUGUUCAUGUGAAGAAAAAUUAAAUUAUCCAAAUGAAAAAUCUUCAGAUAAAAACAAAAAUAUGUUUUUAAGUAAAAAUUAUUUUUAUGAACAAUUUGAAUCUGAUAACAGUUAUGAAGAUGAGGAUGAAGAACAUGUUAGUGAUAAGAAAGGAACAGAUGAUAUAUUAAAAAAUGAGAAAGAAACUUAUUCUAUAUAUAUUUUAUAUAAUAUAAAAAAGAAAUAUAUUAAUAUACUUAUUCAAUUAUUAUUAAAAUUAUUAUGUGAGAAAAAUAUGAGAACACAUAAAAUGUGUUUAUUUUUAUUAAAUUAUUUAUAUAAUUAUGCUAUAUUUAAUACUAAAGAGAAAAGAAUGGAUACUUUUUCUUUCCAUAAUGUAUUUAAUAAAUAUUGUCAUGAUUUUUCCUAUGAAUUAUUUCUUAAAAAAAAAAUUGAUGAUAAUAUAAGGAAAAGCAAAAUGAAUAUAUAUAAUUAUUUAAAUACUUAUUCUGAUAAUAUUUAUAAUGUGUUUGAAAAUAUAAUUAUUCAUACAUGUGAUUAUUAUCAACCAUUAUAUUUAAAAGAAAAUAAGGACCAAAAUAUAGAAUUUGAAAAAGAAAAUAUACAUAAUAAUCCUUGUUGUUGUAUGUAUGAGGAAGAGAUUACUUCCUUAUUUUUAAAUAAAAAUUAUAAGUUUAAUUUGAUAAAAACGAUAUUUAACAAAAUUAAUAAUUUUAUAUAUUUAUACAAUUAUGCAUUAAAAUAUGCUAGCUCUUCUAUAUUUCAUAAGAAUAAAUAUAUAUCCACGCGAAAGGGGUUAAUUAAAGGUCACACUGAAAUAGAUAAUAUGGACGGCUGUGAUAAAAUGAAUAAUAUGAAUAAUAUGAAUGAUAAUUUAGAUAGUGAAUGUAAGAAUAAUUGUGGGUUUAAUAUAAUCACGGAAAAUGAAAAAAAUGAUGAUUUGUGCUUUGAUUCAAUUUUUGACAACAUACAAAUAAAUAACGAUUUUAUCGACGAAAUGAAUAUGAGUGAAAAUGAAGAGCAGAUUACCAUAGAAGAAGAAGGAUUAAUAAAAGAUGUUCACUUUCUUUUAGAUAAAGCAAAAAAAAAUAUUAGUGUAGUUAAAUGUUUAGAAUAUAAUGAGACAUAUUUGUAUAAGCAUAUAUUUUACUUAUUAUUUUUGAAUAAAUAUAAUUAUUAUAUAAUUAAUGGUUUCUUUAAUAGUUUAUGUUAUUAUUCUUCUUAUAGUGAAUAUAGUAAUUAUGAAUACACGAAUAUGAUUAAGAAAGGAAAAGAAAAAUCUAUUGAAUUUUUAUUCUUAGAGUUUUUACAAACAUAUAAGAAUAUAUAUACCUUUGGAUAUAUUAGAGAUGACAUAUUAUUUUUGUAUAUACGAUAUUAUAAAAAAUAUUAUGUAAAUUAUGAUUAUUCUAUUGUUGAUAAUAUAAUUUAUCAAUAUAAUAAUAAUAAAAAUAAAAAGUCCCAAAAAAUAUUAUUAUAUCCAUAUAAAGAUAAAUAUGAAAACAUAUUAGACAAUGAAGAAAAUGAAAAUAUUCACAUGGAUGAAAAUAUGAAAAAUGUUUUUAACAAGUGUGAUAAUUUUUCUAAUUCUUCAAAUUAUAUGGAGAAUUAUUUUUCUCUUUUUAAUUAUAAUAUGCACGAUAUAAAUUUGAAAGAAAUAAUAUCAUUAGAAAAGAAGUGUACGCACUUUAAUUAUUCAUAUAAUAUAUUUAAUAAUUAUAACAUUUAUUUUGAUGGAAAUAUAAUUUUAUUUUAUAAUAAUGUUGAUUGUGAUAAUAUAAAUAAAAGUUUACAAAAAAAAAAAAGAAUUAAAGAAAAUAAAAAAAUAAAAAAAGAGCAACAUGAAAAAAUUGAAUUAUUACCAUAUGUAAAUAUAUGUCUAAUUAAAAUUUUAUAUUUCUUAAAUAAUUUUAAUUUAGUACAAUUAGAAAUAUUUUUAAAGAGUGUUAAUUCAUUUAUUAAAUCAUCUACAAUGAAUAAUUUUGCAGCAUAUACUUUUCUACAUUUUUUUCUUCUAUCACUGGAUAAAUAUAAUUCAUUUGCUCUUAUUAAAACAAUAUCUGAGGUUAUUAUAAAUAUUUUUAUGUGUCCAACCAUUCACAAUAAUAUAAAACGAUUGGCUAUGUUCUUGAUUCUUCAAUUAUUAGUACACAGGUAUCCCAAGAUUCGAGAAUUUACAAAUGAAUAUUUUUAUGCAAAUAUAAAUUUCAUAUCUCCUAGCGAAUUUAAACAUUAUUUAUUUAAUAGUUAUGAAGAUUUAGAAAGUAUUAUUUCUAUAUUGAUAAAUACUCAAUUUUCAAUUAUGCUAAAGAAAGAGAAUUGUCAUAUAAAAUUAGCAGUAGAAGAAAUAUCGACUCUUUUAAAUAUUCCAUAUUAA